AUGAUGUCGACGCUGUUCGGCGGCAAAGAGCUGUCCAAGUCGAUCAACCCGGACGAGGCCAUGGCCUACGGUGCCGCUUACGCUGGAGAGUUCCACAUUGAGAAGGACCCCUCGGGCAACUACAAGCUUUUCAUUGACAACAACAGCGGCACGUACGCCCCCCCCCCCCCCCAAGGAGGAGCUGCCGCAGCCCAAGGCGCUGCUCGAGACCAACUUCUCCGGAAUUUCGGUCGAGGCCCUGGACCGCAGCAAGAGGUCGCAGUAAAAUCAGUAACCUAA